GGGAGGAGAAGCUGUGGGUCGAUCACUUGGGUCUUGGGUGGCACGCGCUACAAGCUAGGGCUUCUGCUCCGUCCUCCGCGAAUCCGCGGCGAGCCUGCUAGCUGCGUGGCUUCCCUCUUCCCGGGAGCGGCGCGGCGGUAGUGCUGGUGCUGCCCGGACCAGACCAGACCCGAAAGCGGAGAGGCCCCCGUGCAACCGGAGCCGUGCGUUGGAGGUGGACAGGUGGUGGCACCUGUGGGCAACGGCCAACGGCACGGCAGAUUCUGGUCGAUCGUCGAUGAGGCCGGCGCCGGAGACAAGCACGCGGCGGCCGCAGCUGCGUCGCCGUCGUCCAGUGCCAUUGGUGACGGUGGCCGUGUCUUUGGCGCUCAUCUCGCUGGCGUGCCUUCCUGUCUUCGCGGAUGCAAGCAGAGCGCUGCACCGCGACCGGGAGGAGCACCGGAGGCAGCACCACCGCACGGAGGACAAGAAGAGCCGCGUCUCGCUCCCUCCCGACGCUGACGGCGACUCUCCGCCCGAGCCUCCGGACUCCGGCGGCGCGCCGCCGCCUGCCGACGACAGCGACUGCGGCAACGUGUUCGACGUGAGGGCGUUCGGCGCGUCGGGCGACGGCUCGUGCGUCGACGACGACACGGCCGCGUUCCGCGCGGCGUGGAAGGCGGCGUGCUCCUCCGACUCCGCCGCGGCCACGCUGCUGGUGCCGUCGGACGGCGUGUUCACCAUCGCAUCCACCAUCUUCUCCGGGCCGUGCAAGCCCGACCUCACCUUCCAAAUCGAUGGCGUCCUCAUGCCGCCGGACGGCCCGGCGAGCUGGCCGGCGACGGACAGCCGGAAACAGUGGAUAGUCUUCUACAAGGCCGAUCGCUUGACGCUGGCGGGGGAAGGCACCAUCGAAGGCAACGGUGAGGAGUGGUGGGAUCUGCCGUGCAAGCCUCACAGGGGUCCAAACGGAUCGACGCUGCGCGGACCAUGUGACAGCCCCGCGCUCAUACGAUUCUUCUCGAGCAAUGACGUGACGGUAUGCGGCCUGCGGAUCGAGAACAGCCCGCAGUUCCACCUCAGGUUCGACGACUGCGAGCGCGUGCGCGUCGACGGCCUCUUCGUCAGCUCGCCGGCGUCCAGCCCCAACACGGACGGCGUCCACGUCGAGAACACCAAGUCCGUCCAGAUCCUCAACUCUAGGAUCUACAACGGCGACGACUGCGUCUCCAUCGGCGCCGGAUGCUCCGAUGUCCACGUCGAGAACAUAACAUGCGGCCACGGCCAUGGAAUUAGCAUCGGCAGCCUGGGUGUCCACAACACCCACGCCUGCGUGUCCAACGUCACGGUCCGGAACGUGCGGAUACUCGACUCCGACAACGGCGUCCGGAUCAAGACGUGGCAGGGCGGCGCCGGCGCGGUGUCGGCGGUCGAGUUCACCGGCGUGCAGAUGCAGAACGUGAAGAACUGCAUCGUCAUCGACCAGUACUACUGCCUCGGCCACGGGUGCGCCAACCAGACCUCCGCGGUGCGCGUGGCCGGCGUCGCGUACAGGGACAUCCACGGCACGUACAACCCGCAGGCCGGCGCGCCCAUCCGCCUCGCGUGCAGCGACGCCGUCGCCUGCACGGACAUCACCAUGUCUGGCGUCGAGCUGCUGCCGGCCGGCGGGGACGACGGAGCACUGCUCGCCGACCCCUACUGCUGGAACGCGUACGGGGUCAUGGAGACGCUCACGCUGCCACCGGUGUACUGCUUGCUGGAGGGCAGCCCGGAGUCUCUCCAGGAUCCGCUCACCAGUUGCUGAGAUGAGAUCGUUUUCUUUACUAACAAAGAUUUCUCUCCUGAGACAGUCAACGCUAAUACACUGGACAUUCUACAUGUGACAAAUUACAAAUUACGCAGACAAUGUGAAUUUCUGAAAUGGCAUGCUCCCA